AAUAAGAGAGAGAAGAAAAGAGAUGGUUAGAUUAGUUUAAAGUUAAAACUAGAGUUGAAAAGAAAGGUCAAAGGCUCGUGAAUCUGCAGUGGGGAUCCAUCCAACAAGAGCAAGGAAGAAAUGGAAGAUUGAAAACGAAGAAGAAGAAGAUGAUGACAGAUAGAGAUAGCAUAAGCAACAUCAAGGGAAAGUUAGAAGGUGGUGGUGGUGAAAUAGGGAAGGCUUUGAUUGGAUUAGUGAGUGGAACCUUGGUUUACUACCACUGUGCCUAUCGGGAUUCUAGCCUCUUCUCUUUGAUGUCUGAUGUCCUCAUCGUCCUCCUCUGCUCCCUCGCUAUUCUCGGCCUUCUCUUCCGUCAAUUAAACAUCUCGGUACCAGUGGAUCCAUUGGAGUGGCAGAUAUCACAGGACACAGCUAACAGUAUAGUAGCAUGGUUUGCUAAUACCAUUGGAGCUGCUGAAUCUGUCCUCAGGGUUGCUGCUACUGGCCACGACAAGCGCCUUUUCUUCAAGGUCAUCGUUUGUCUUUACGUACUAUCAGCUUUGGGCCGACUGGUCUCAGGGGUUACAAUUGCUUAUGCUGCAUUAUGCUUAUUCUGUCUUUACAUGCUCGCUGAGAACUCACAAUCAGGCAGUGCCUGCAUCUCUCGAUUUCUUGGGCGAGGUAACGGCAUUUCUGUAGAUUCAGAUGUUCUGUAAAUUGUACAUGUACCGCCAUUUUUUAGUGUUCUGUGGUCUCAUUACAUCCAUAGCUGGAAGGAACUCUUGAUGAUUUAAAUAUAGUCUUGUAUUCUGCCCAUCCGUGAAGUCUUAUGAUUUUUUCAUACUAAACAGAAAUUCUUCGGACAGAUUGAUAAUAUGAUGAGCAAGUACUUGUCUUUUCA